CUCCCCAAAAGACGAAACCCUCCUCCACACAUCGCCUCCGCUCCUCGCUCGAACCCCACCGCGUGCGGGACUCCGCUCUUUCCCCCCGAUCCCGACGAAUCGAAUCGAGUCCGGGACGCCGAUCUCGGAUUCGACACCGCUGGUUUUCUCCUCUUUUUUUCCCACCCCGUAAGCCCCCCGGAUCGAUUCAGCCAUGGCAGGAAUGGCACCCGAAGGCUCCCAGUUUGAUGCUAAGCACUAUGACAACAAGAUGCAGGAACUACUGCACCAAGGUGACAAUGAGGAAUUCUUCACUUCAUAUGAUGAGGUUUUUGAGAGUUUUGAUGACAUGGGCCUCCAAGAGAACCUUCUCAGAGGCAUCUAUGCUUAUGGCUUUGAGAAGCCAUCAGCCAUUCAGCAAAGGGGGAUUGUUCCCUUCUGUAAAGGGCUUGAUGUGAUUCAGCAAGCUCAAUCUGGAACAGGAAAAACUGCUACCUUCUGUUCUGGAAUCCUGCAGCAGCUUGACUAUGGAUUGGUGGAGUGCCAAGCCUUGGUCCUUGCUCCAACACGUGAGCUUGCCCAGCAAAUUGAGAAGGUCAUGCGUGCUCUUGGGGACUACUUAGGUGUCAAGGUGCAUGCCUGUGUUGGUGGAACAUCCGUUCGUGAGGACCAAAGGAUUCUUGCUAGUGGUGUGCAUGUUGUUGUUGGUACACCUGGACGUGUGUUUGAUAUGCUACGCCGUCAAUCUCUCCGCCCGGACAACAUUAAAAUGUUUGUGCUGGAUGAAGCUGAUGAGAUGCUCUCCCGUGGUUUCAAGGAUCAGAUCUAUGAUAUCUUCCAGCUUCUUCCACCAAAGAUACAGGUUGGAGUUUUCUCUGCUACCAUGCCUCCUGAGGCCCUUGAGAUCACCCGCAAGUUCAUGAACAAGCCUGUGAGGAUUCUUGUGAAGAGAGAUGAACUUACUCUUGAGGGUAUCAAGCAAUUCUAUGUCAAUGUGGAGAAGGAAGAUUGGAAGCUUGACACGCUCUGUGACCUGUAUGAGACACUUGCCAUCACCCAGAGUGUCAUCUUUGUGAACACCCGCCGCAAAGUGGACUGGCUCACUGACAAGAUGCGGAGCAGGGACCACACUGUCUCUGCCACACACGGAGACAUGGACCAGAACACUAGGGAUAUCAUCAUGAGGGAGUUCCGAUCUGGUUCUUCCCGUGUGCUUAUCACUACUGAUUUGCUUGCUCGUGGUAUCGAUGUCCAGCAAGUCUCACUUGUCAUCAACUAUGACCUUCCCACCCAGCCUGAGAACUACCUCCAUCGCAUUGGUCGUAGUGGUCGGUUUGGCAGGAAGGGAGUUGCCAUCAACUUCGUCACCCGCGAUGACGAGAGGAUGCUGUUCGACAUCCAGAGGUUCUACAACGUGACCGUUGAGGAACUGCCGGCCAACGUCGCUGACCUUCUCUAGAUUAUGUCUCAUUAGGAAUGUGGUAAGGUGCUGGAUAAAAGCUUGUUUUUGUUUAAUAUGACCCAACUUUCUCGUUUGGGAGGAGUGCUAAGGUCGGGAUCUAUUUGAAUUGUGGUUAAGGACGGCAUCAUGUAUUUUUUUUUCCCUUUUCUUCCUUUUCGUAUGCAACAAUGCAACAAUGUUUGGAAAUUUUUGUAGCGGUUAGGCUGUGCAUCCCGGGCUAGCUGGAAGAGGUACACUACUGGAAUAUUUACUUUGUUGUUUAAACUAUGUUUGUCCUGUGUUA